GCGGGGCAGCCAGUCCCGGGAGUGGCGCCCGCCACCGCCUCGGGGACCGUCCGGCAUCUGCCCGCGCGGCCGGCGGGGCGUCGGGGCGGCCGCGAGCCCGGGGGCCGGCGGGCGGGAGCGCGGCCGAGCGUGCGGACAUGGGCCGGCGGCCGCCCCAGGGCUGCGGGCUCCGCGCCCUCCCCGCGCCGCUGCCGCUGCUGCUGCUGCUGCUGCUGCUGCUCCGGCCACCGGCGACGCCCGGCGUCACGUGCCCUCCUCCCACAUCUGUGGAACAUGCAGACAUCCGGGUCAAGAGUUACAAACUGAACUCCACCGAGCGGUAUACCUGUAACACUGGCUUCAAGCGGAAAGCCGGGACGUCCACCCUGACAGAGUGCGUGCUUAACAAGACCACGAACACUGCCCACUGGACAAUUCCCAAUCUCAAGUGCAUCAGAGACCCCUCCCUGACUCAUCUAAAGCCAUCCUCUACAGAAAUGCCGGCAGGGGUGACCCCAGAGCCAGAGAGCACCUCCCUUUCUGGAAAAGAGCCAGCUUUCACUUCCAAGUCAGACAGCACAGUGGCCACAAAGGCAGCUACUGAGCCAGGCUCCAGGCUGAUACCAUCAAAGCCUCCGGCUGCGGGAACCACAGGGGUAAUCAAUAAUGAACCCUCCCGAGCCCCAGCUCAGACAACAGCAAAGGCCUUGGAACACACCCCCUCUGCCUCGCAGGAGACGCCAGGUACCUAUUCAUACAGUUCCGGAACUGUGACUGCGGCCAUCGUCAUGCCUGUCGCUGUGCUCUGUGUAGUAUGUGUGGGACUUCUGGUGUGUUACAAAAGAUCCAGGCAAACUUCGCAGAUACGCACUGUUGCAAUGGAGAACAUGGAAGAGAUACCAAUGACUGGGGGAACCAACGGCAGAGAUGAGGAUGCAGAAAACCAAGCACACAACCUAGGAAACUCCAGGGGGAAGCUGAGGGCAGCCAAGGCUGAAGCAAGGAUGCCAACUCUUCCCUAGCCGAAGAGGUCCAAGGAAAGACUCAGGUGUUGGGUGCCAGCAAAGAGCCCGUCAGGAUGAUCAAACAAACAUGUUGGUGUCAUUUUAUCGACCGUGGCCAGCCGAGACACCUCCUGUAUUUGUAGCCUCUCCAGUCUCAGGAUGCCCUGUCUCAAGAGUAGGGCUGACUUCCUAAAGUCCUGGCACUUGAAGCUUUCCUGGGAGUGGCUGGACACCUCGGCCUUCCUUUUACUUCAUUAAGACAUUUAUUCAGGAGAGCUCAUCAGCUUGACCAUUCCAUCCCGCAUCCCGACUUGCAGUUCACAAAGAAGAGAAAUAAAUACACCUGCGGCUGGAAGAGAAUUAUGCGGCUCCUCCUGCCUUAUGAGACGGCUGCGAGGAUGAUGACGUCAUCGUAGCUCCUAACCACCGUCUCUCCAGUUAGGUGCUCUGCAUGCACUGAAAAGGAGCAAAGAGGUACUGUGCCCAGUGAGUCCUCUUGAUUUAAGGAUUCAGAAAGAAGGAAACUGAACUCAGUGACAUUUCCCAUAUAUACAUUUUUCUAUUUAUACUCCUUGUCAAUUAUAGCUACAUAUUUUAUAACUGUUAUUUUGAAAUUGUACCUUGUAUAAACAAAAUGUCUAUUUUCAAUACAAAAAAAAAAUAGUGCACUGAAAGAAUCACUGAGGAGAAACAUACCACAAAGAAAAAAAAGGAGAAAGCAGGGGAAUACAGAGCCCCAAAUGGUAGAGCUUGGCCUCUCUUUCUAAAAGUAGAAAAAAAAAAACCUUGCCUAAAUCUGGAUCUGAUCUCAGUUCUGGAAAAUCUCUAAUAAGACCUCCAUGUGAGAAGCAACAGGUUAUGGCCCAGGUGUGCCUGGCGCACACAGUCUCUUUCCCUGUGUUGUUCUCUUUCUUUCCUUUAGAACAUGUAUUUAUAAAAUCACAGGCCUAAUCUCACCUCCCCCUUUUAUCGAUGAGAAAAUUGAGGCCGAUAGCAGUUGACUUGCCCAAGGUCACAUGGCUCCACUGAUGCCAGCUUGGAUGAAAUUUAGGAAGGGGAGUGGGGUAGGAGAGGAGCAGUCCCCACUAUAAAUGGGCCAUGAGCUGCCUCACGCAUAGCCAGGGGCAGCCAGGGAGCCACCGCCAGCAUCCGGGAAGUGGGGCACAGGCUACAGCUGCAAGCAUCCCCGUGCCUCCAGAAGCUCUCAAAGUAUCCAUUCCUUACCAACUUCCCGUCAUCGCUUUAGAUGGUUUCAUCAAAAGGGAAGGAAGGGUAGGAAUUUCAAAUGGCCGGAGUUGGGAUUUUAGAGCCACACCCUUUUUCACUCUCUGCGAUUCUCUUUUCGAACGAGAGGAAACUCACUGCCACGCACGAGCUGAGCCAUGUUCAUUGCCGUCGGGCUCCAUACUUGAUUAUCCUGAACCUGACCGUUGCGACUUUUUGCUUCUCUCUUCAGCCCUGUGUUUCUAGAGUUCACCAUUAACUGGAUCCAUUUUGUUCUUUAUAAGAAGUUUUAAGAGUUUGACCCUUGUCUUAAAAACCAAUCUGACAGAAGACACAACUUAUACACACACAGCUGGCAGAUGUUCAGCAGAGCCAGAAUUCUGAAAGGUAUCUGUGGCUGUACGAGGGGUGAGUCACAUGGCCACUUCAUGGGUCUGCGGUUCCACUUCACUGUCAUCUUUGGAAAAUAAUACGAUGACCUCUGGGGGCCCAUUUCUAAGCUGUAGAAUCACCUGGUUCAGGUCCAUCACAGAAUAAGUCUGUGAUCCAUGAGGCACCAACCAAGCUCAAGAUGGGGAAACUGCACGACAAAAAAAUAGAUCUAGAAAAGUAGAUCUAGACCCAGAAGCAAGCAGCGUCGGGUGGAGCUGAGGUCUGGAAGGAUGGAGGCCAGGAGGGUGAGGGUGAAUAAACAAGUGGGGUUUUUUUUGUUUGUUUGUUUUUUAAGUGAAGAGGUAAAAUGAAUUCUCCUACUGGGUGGUGCAGUUCUCCUAGGGACACGUUUAAGUAACUUGUAUGAUGCCAAAACAUACCACGGCCCCAGAAUUUACCCCCUGAGCAGUGAUGGACAUCUUGAAAUUAGGAACUGUUUUCAUCUUUGAAUUUUCAGGGACUGAUGCAGUGCCCUGCAGGUGAUUACCAAAUGCUGGAUAAAUAAAUUAAAAUGCUCUUAACUGAA